UAUUGAUAUAUAGAUGUAUGAAUUAUUAAAUAUUCAUCUACUCAGCUCUUGAAUUAAAAGAUUGAUUAUGUAUAGAUUUAAGUUUUUUAUUCUCACUAUGUAAUUUUAUAUUACUUUAUGUAUUUAAUUUAUAUGUUACUUACUUCUUUUUAAUAAUAUACAAAAUGCUUCAACAAUACAUGAAAGAAAUGGAGCAGGAUCCAUAUGAUCCUGAUGAGUUUGUUGAACGGUUAGCAUAUCGUGUUUUUGGAAAUAGUGCUGAUUGUGAGAAUCUUGUUGUGGAUGAAGUACAAGAAACAUUUGUUCAAGCCAUCAAAGAUUUGAAAUUUUUACAAGACCGUCAAAAAAAAAAAUGUGAUAAGUUGGAACAAGUGUGCCGAGAUAAAGAAACUAUGUAUUUUCUAAAAAUUCAGAAGCUUCAAGAACAAAAUAAAGCAGGAAUUAUUGCAUUUCAAAAUUUAGAUGAAAGAAUUAAUUAUGUUGCUACAAAAGUCAUUCAUGUUGGUGACCAGCUUGAAUCAAUUAAUACUCCUCGAUCUAGAGCUGUGCAAGUUCAUAAGUUGAUUGGUUAUCUUUCUGAAUUUAUGUCUGCUGGUCCUUUAUCAGUUGAUAUUUUUAAUGAUCCAUCUAAGAUUGACAUAGCUGCUGAUGUAAUACAAAAAUUAUUUCCUAUUGCUCAAGAGCUUCCUCCUGGCAGGUAUGAAGAAGCUAAAAUGAAAAUAGCCAAAAAGUAUGAUGAAAUUGAACGUUCCUUAAUUGAAGAGUUUAUUAGGCAUCAUUCAAAGAAAAAUUUACCUCGCAUGAAAGAAAUUGCUUCUAUACUGACUCAUUUCAAAGGAUAUUCACAAUGUGUAGAUGCAUUCAUUGAAUAUAGUCAAGCGAACUCUCUUUCUGGAAAGAAUCUCUUUGCAGAUAUAGUUCCUAUUUGUGAAGAAAACCUAAAAAUAAUUGAAGAAGUUUUUUCUAAUCCAGAUCAAGUUAUGGCUAAAUUUGUCUUAAAUAUAUACCAGCUCAAAUUACAGAAUCAUAUUUCUACAGUUUUAUCUGAAGUUAAAGAUACAGCAAGUUAUUUAGAAAAACUUAAUCAUUUACAUAAGAAAACUACAAUUUUAUCAAAAAAUCUGUCUCAUUUUAACUUGGGUAAUGAUGACAUGUUCUUAAGCAAACUUCAAAAAAAUAUAUUUCAAAAAUACAUAGAUUCAUAUUUUAACUCAGAAAUAAAGAAUCUCAAAGAUAAAUAUUUAACUAUAUUGCAAAAAUUUUAUGAUUCUAAAGGUCACCAGAAAAAACAAAUUCAAGCAGGAGGGUUUCAAGAAUUACGAAGAGAUUUACAAACUGUUAUUAGUACUCGAGCGAACUUUAAUAUUAUGCGAAUUGAAGAUUAUGGUGGUGAAACAUUUUUAUCUGAAGAUGUAGCAACAUUAUUAUUACAAGAAUUUAAUCAUGCAAUAGAUAGAUGUUGUACGCUUUCACUUUUAUCUGAUAUCCCAUCAAAUUGCUAUCAAAUAUUUGAAAUAUUAACUACUUAUUUAAUUGAUGAAUACAUUGAUUAUGGUUUAGAAUUAGCUAUACAAUCUGUACCUAUUCCAGAAGCUAAAACUCAUGAUCCUCCAAAUGUUUAUUUUUUUGAUGUUGUAAAACAAGUUAAUACAAUUAUUAUCUUAAUGGAAAAACAAUUUUCGGAUAUCUUGGUACCUACAAUUAUAACUACUCCUAAGUAUUCACUGUACAAUAAUUUAAAGAAAAAGCAACUAGAACAAACAGAAUCUAAAAUUGAUUUUGGUCUUGACAGGUCGUUAAAUGCAAUUAUAGGAUGGAUAAAAAUUUGUUUAUCUACUGAACAAAAAAAAUCAGAUUUUAGGCCAGAAACUGAUAUAGAUACUAUGACAUCUAUAGCUUGUAAAUGUGUGGUUCAGUAUUUCAAUAGUAAUGUAAAACAUAUACACAAAUGUCUGGACAAUAAAAAUAUUGAUUUAGUAUUAGCUGAACUUGGAAUCAGAUUUCACCGUGUUAUAUAUGAACACCUCUUACAAUACACUUAUAAUUCAGCAGGUGCCAUGUGUGCAAUAUGUGAUGUAAAUGAAUAUAGAAAAUGUGUAAAAGAUUUAGGCUCACCUUUAGUCAUCAAUUUGUUUGAUACACUACAUGCUCUUUGUAAUUUGUUACUGGUGAAGCAUGAAAAUUUGAAACAAGUCUGUUAUGGUGAAACAUUGGUGGGAUUGGAUCAUUCAAUUUUAAGCAACUUUAUACAAUUACGCAGUGAUUUUAAGUCUCAAAAGCUAUCAAAUUUGUUGAAGAACCUGACAUCCAGAUGAUAUAUUAUAGAAAUGCAAUAUCGCAGAAUUGCAUAAUAGUAUUAUUUAAGACAUAUUUACAAAUAUAAUGAAUCAUUGUAGUUACUUUUAGUUAUGGUAAAGUAAAUCAUUUUUUUUUUUUGUUACCUUGUUAAGUUUUAAAACUCCUUUAUUAUAUAUGAAUAACUAAACACAGUAAUUUGUUUAUUUA